UUUUCCCUUUCAGUGACUUGAUAAUACAAAAUGUCUUUCUACGACAAUCACUACUAUUAUCUUAACAAAAGAUUCUUGUCCAUUAUCGGCCAAUGGCCAUUUCAAUCGCGACUGGAGAGUAACGUGAUGCUCGCUAUUACAUUAUUGUUCCUUUGCAGUUUGACGGCUUUAGAGUUCUUGGGCCUAAUAGCUGGAAUAACGAAUAUGAACAUCAUCAUGGAGAAUACAUCGCCGUUAUUGAUCAACAGCUUCAUCUUCGUGAAGCUAAUCAACUCUCUCUAUAAUAAGUAUAAAAUGAAGGAUCUUCUAGAGUGUAUCGAAGAGACCUGGAAGAUGACACAAAUCGGACCAGAAAAGGAAAUAUUGCGGAGUUACGCGAAGCAAAGCAAAACAUUAACGAUACAAUAUGCCCUUGCUCUUUAUUCUUCGUGGAUCUUUUACUCCACAAUGCCGAUCGUCGUCAGUGAAAUAUAUUCGCUCUUACCAACAAACGAAACUUACACGGCCAGGUAUCUAUUUCGCUUGGAACAUGUUCUCGAUGUAGACAAGUACUUUAAUCUCUUGAUGCUUCAUGGGAUUAUUAGUGUAUUCUAUAUAGUGUCAGUGCCGAUAGCUGUCGACAGUAUGUUUGUUCUUUGCAUUCAACAUGCCUGUGCAUUGUUCGAGGGUAUAAAGUAAGCCCGAUGUUGCAUAAAAACUAU